AUGAAGUACACGCAGCCUCUAAAUGACCGCAGCCUGGCCAUCGUCGUCGUCACGGCGGUCAUGCUCGGUGUGGCUGUGAUUGCGGUCAUCCUGCGGUGCUUUGUGCGGCUGUACAUGCUGCGAGCGUUCGGGUGGGAUGACGGGCUGAUGGUCGCGGCGCUGGUCGUGUUUCUAGCAUUCGGCCUCGACUUUGCGCUCGGCGCGAUGGUUGGAAUCGGGCACAAGCUCGUGGACUUUCAGAGCUUUAGUAUGCAGAGCGGAAAUCCACAGGAUACUAUCCAGGCCUUGCAGCAGGCAAUGAUGAUCUGGUGGCUCGCCCAAAUGUUCUUCGUGUGGUCGGCGGCCAUCGCCAAAGUCUCCAUCUCGCUCGCCCUGCUGCGGAUCGCCGUCGGCCGCGUCUACCGGGGUAUUCUCUGGGGCGUGAUCGGGGCCGUCGUGACCAUCACGCUGGUCUUCUGGUUCGUGCUUCUGCUAAGCUGCCGCCCGAUCUCGUACUUCUGGGGCCAAAUCGACCCCGCGACAACGGGAGGGACAUGUCUGGCGCCCAAUGCCAUCCUUGUCUUCGCGUACUGCUACAGUGCGCUGUGCAUGAUCUCGGACUUAACACUGGGCAUCUUGCCAGCGGUCUUGAUUUGGGAUCUGCAGAUGUCGCCGCGGACAAAGGUUGCCUUGUGCGCAAUUCUGGGGCUGGGAGCAAUAGCAAGCGUCGCCGUCGUCAUCCGCAUGCCGUAUCUGAAGUACUACACCGACACCGAGUUCCUCUACUCCACGUACCUGAUGAUCAUCUGGUCCGUCGUCGAAACCGGCUCGGCAAUCACGGCCGGCAGCCUCAUCACCCUGAAGCCCCUAUUCCGCUGGCUCGUCGACGGCAGCACCUCCUCGCGCUCCUACCGAGUUAACAAGCCAAGCUAUAAAUGCCGGGAGGGACGGUACGCGCUGUCUAUCUUGGCGCCGAAAACACCGGGGAACAAAGACGAGCCGAAGGACUGGCGGCCUGUUCUUAUUUCCGAGGAUAGUGAGACGAUGGUAGGUACGGGGACAACGUCCGUGUUCAAAACUGUGGGCGCAGUAGACUCGGAGACUAGGACUCAAAGUAGCCAGGAGCGUCUGACCAAGGACCCGGAGGAGUUGCAGCAUAAGAAUCAGGUUACUGUGCACCAGACGUUUUGGACGUCGGCUGAGGACCGCGGGUAG